AAAACCUAGCCCCACCUAAUCCCAUCAGCCUCCUCCUUGGCGGGGGCUCUGCACCGCCGUGCGGCUCGCCGUCCUGCUUCCCGUCGAAUAGUGGUCUCUCAGACGGUUGGAGUAUCAUCGAAAUACGGCUUCGUCUCCGAGCGGGAUCUCGGUUCGCGGUGGCUCCGACUUUCGACGGGGUUGCUGGAGUAUCAUCGAAAUACGGCUUCGUCUCCGAGUUGGGACUGAGAUCUUUUAUAUCCAUAGGCUGGCUUAAUCUCCAGAUAUUGCCCACUGCUCGCUUAAUCCCCAAUCCAACUGGUUUUGCGAUCACCUAUUACUUUUCCGAACAAGCUUCUUUGACACUCAUCUGCACUGAUUUUGAUAUCAUCUCGACGAAGAUCAAUGAAGGCAUUCUCUUUUUCUGA